GCCAAUGCGCCUGUCAGUGCAAAAGUGGGAUAUUUGUAACAACACGCGGCAGUGCAGGGGUCCUGCAGAGGGGGGCUGGUUAUGCUUUGAGCUGCAUAUGUCCUGGUUAGUUUAUAGUUUUUAAAUAUUACCUCAGUUAUGUCGCGGAUAUUAAACCUAAUCAACAUUCAGUUGCGGAGAGAGUUAGCCGCGUGUCGAGGGCUUGCUCGGCUUCCUUUAAGAAACAUCUGCUGCACAUCAAGAAAACAAGCCGAUCAGAGUGAUGCAUCCUCAGUUUUGGGGAAGAGGUGGAAGGACACCGCAGAAACUGUCGUCAUUGGUGGUGGAUGUGUGGGGGUCAGCUUGGCUUAUCACCUGGCCAAAGGUGGCAUGAAGGAUGUGGUGCUGCUGGAGAAGUCUGAUCUGACGGCUGGAUCCACCUGGCACGCUGCUGGUUUGACAACAUAUUACCAUCCAGGCAUCAACCUCAAGAAAGUCCACUACGACAGCAUUAAAUUAUACGAGAGCCUGGAGGCUGAGACUGGACAGGCAGUGGGCUUUCAUCAGCCCGGCAGUGUCCGUAUUGCUUCAACAGCGGCUCGGGUGGAUGAGAUGAAGUACCAGAUGACCCGCACACACUGGCAUGUGACGCCACAGUACUUCAUCGGACCAGAGAAAGUCCAUGAACUUUUCCCAUUGCUCAAUAUAGACAAGGUGUUGGCAGGUCUGUACACCCCAGGAGAUGGCCACAUCGACCCUUACUCUCUGACCAUGGCUCUGGCUGCUGGUGCUCGUAUGUACGGUGCCCAAAUCUACAACCCAGCCCCGGUCACCGCCCUCAACCCGACCGCCGAUGGCAAGUGGGAUGUCCAGACUCCUCAUGGAACCAUCCGCGCGAAUCGCAUUGUCAAUGCAACAGGUUUCUGGGCCCGGGAGGUGGGCAAGAUGAUUGGGCUCGAACACCCCACCAUCCCAGUGCAUCACCAGUACGUGGUGACAGCAACGGUACCAGAGGUGAAGGCCCUGAAGAAGGAGCUGGCUGUCAUCAGGGACCUGGAGGGCUCUUACUACCUGCGUCAGGAAAGAGAUGGCCUGCUGUUUGGCCCGUAUGAAAAGAUGGAGAAGAUGGUGCUACAGGACUCCUGGGUCAGAGAUGGAGUUCCUCCAGGUUUCGGUAAGGAACUGUUUGAGUCGGACCUUGACAGGAUAAUGGAGCAUGUUGAGAUGGCCAUGGAGAUGAUCCCUGUGCUAAAGAAAGCUGACAUCAUCAACGUCGUGUCUGGACCAAUCACAUACACCCCUGACCUGCUGCCCAUGGUCGGACCACACCAAGGAGUUCGUAACUACUGGACUGCCAUUGGCUUUGGGUAUGGAGUCAUCCAUGCUGGUGGCAUCGGUAAGUUCCUGAGUGACUGGAUCAGGAAUGGAGAACCUCCUUACGACCUGAUUGAAUGCGACCCCAACCGCUACGGCAAAUGGACGGACGUGCCUUUCAUGUGUGCCAAAGCUCGGGAAUCCUAUGGUUUCAACAAUGUGGUUGGUUACCCCAAGGAGGAGCGUUUCGCUGGUCGACCAACCAGCCGGACAAGUGGCGUUUACGAGCUGCUGAAGGACAAAGCAUCCAUGGGCUUUCACGCUGGCUGGGAACAACCUCACUGGUUCUACAAACCUGGAGAUGACAGUGGAUACAAGCCCAGUUUCCGACGCACCAACUGGUUUAAACCAGUUGGCAGAGAGUGCAAGCUGGUGAUGGAGAAGGUGGGAGUGAUCGACCUGACGCCUUUUGGCAAGUUCAUAGUGAAGGGGAAGGACUCGCACAAGCUGCUGGACCGCCUGUUUGCUAACACCAUGCCCAAGGUGGGCCUGACCAAUAUCAGCCAUAUGUUGACGCCCACCGGGAGAGUCUUUGCUGAGGUCACCAUUACCCAGCUGGCACCAGGAGAGUUCUUGCUCAUCACAGGCUCGGGGUCAGAGGGACAUGACCUCAGGUGGAUAGAGGCAGAAGCUGCAGAUGGUGGAUAUGACGUGGACAUCAGAAACGUAACAGAAGAUUUAGGCGUGUUGGGCAUUGCAGGACCGAACUCUCGCAAAGUUCUUCAGAAACUGACAGAUGAGGAUAUGAGUGAUGCCGGAUUCAAAUUUCUCCACUGCAAGUCCAUCCAGUUGGCCGGCGUUCCUGUCCGGGCCAUCAGGAUCUCCUACACAGGUGAGCUCGGUUGGGAGCUGUACAUCGACCAGAAGAACAUGGCAGCUGUGUACCAGGCCAUGAUGAAAGCAGGAAAAGACGAAGGCAUCGACAAUUUCGGCACCUACGCCAUGUCCUCCCUCAGACUGGAAAAGGGCUUUAGAGGCUGGGGAGCUGAGAUGAACUGUGACACCAACCCUCUGGAGGCUGGAUUGGAUUAUUUCAUCAAACUGAACAAGCCUGCUGACUUUAUUGGCAAAGCAGCGCUUCAGGAGAUCAAAGCUAAGGGCCUGAAGAGGAAGCUUUCCUACAUCACCCUGGAUACGGAUGAUAUCGACCCCGAAGGCAAUGAGACCAUCUGGCACAAUGGCGAGGUGGUCGGCAACACGACGUCCGGAGCCUACAGCUACAGCACCCAGCAGAGCCUGGCGUUCGCCUACCUGCCUCUGGAGCUGUGCUCUGUGGGCCAGAAGGUAGAGGUAGAGCUGCUGGGGAGGAAGUACCCCGCCAUGGUCAUCCAGGAGCCCUUAGUCCUCACCGAGCCCACACGGACCCGGCUGCAGAAGAAGGCAAAGGGCAAAGCGUAAGCACAGACUGCCCUCGGGUCAGUUUCUCACCAGCGAAUGAAGAACGAUUUUACUGUGAUAUAUGAAGGAGAGUCUUAUAUGGGGAAAAAAAACACGUGUGGUCCUGAACUGUUUGUGUCCAAAAUUAAGUGGCGAGUUCAGGGAAAAAAGAGCCAUGUUCACUUCCUCCUCUUGCUCUCCUGAGGAAGUUGAAAACAGAUCCAUCACGUGCUUAGUGCCUCUUAUGAAUGUGUUUUUGAGCAACAGGGAAACAACAGUUGAUGUUCUUGCACCACAGUGUAAUUGACGUUUUGUAAUUCCAUGAAUGGAUGUUAAUGUUUUAUGGGUCAACAGUUCAACCUUUUUUUUUUUUUUGGGCAAAGAUUAUGUGGGAAAGCAAAUGAAACGCGAGCUCGGCAGAUUCUCAGCGCUUGAUUCUUGAAAUUUCAACAGAAAGGGACAAAUGGGAAAUGCCUGUUUUGCGUUUAUUUGAAAUUUAAAAAAUUCUGCAGCUGCAUUUUUCACAGUCAUAAGAGCACUUUGGGGCUGUGAUAAGUUUAACAAAGUACAUAAACAAUAACCAAAAGAACCAGAAAUGCUUGCAAACUUGUACAAAGAUUGUUUUAUAAAUCUGCUUUAUUUUUAUUUUACUAAAAUGUAAUUUAAUCGAUGCACAUUAAUACCUUGGCAAUUAAAGCAAUGCACUCAC